CUUGCAUAGCCAACCAACUCAUAUAGUAGUAAUUUAAUUACCUGCAGAGCCCCAGAAACACUUCAGAAAAAUUAAGUUUGCUCAAGAACACUCAGAAAAAACAAUGGUUUCUGGGUGCAUCACAAAGGAGGAGACGUUCUCUGUCGGCGUCAAGCGCCUGUGGAAGGUCAGUGCCGCCGAAGAUCACAUCUACCUGCCCAAGAUUGCGCCCACCCACAUCGCGAGCGUCGACGUCGAGGGGAGCGGCGGAGCGGGAACUAUCAAGAAAAUGAACUUCACAUCAGCUGUGCCAGGUGUCACCUUCUUUAAGAGCCGUGUACUGGUGCUCGACGAGGCGAACUACGUGUUCAAGUUCGAAGCUAUCGAAGGAGGCAAGAUCGGUGAGAGGUUCAAGUCGCAGGUGUUCGCGUACAAGUUCGAGGCCGCGGGAGAGAACUCCUGCGUCGUGAAGUUGAAGGUGGAGUAUGACACCAUCGGCGACAAGCCCCUCGACGCCGAGGAGGAGAAGCUCCUCCUGGAGAGGAGCUUCAAGAUUUUCAAGAAAGCAGAAGAGCACUUGCUUGCCAACCCUGGAGUUGUUGCCUAAAAGUGUAUCUCUUCUGAUCAGUCUCCAAAAAAUAUACAUGCAUGAGGUUUCUAUGCAGAAGAAGUUGAGUGGUUUGCUUUGUGUGUAUCUCCUGAGAGAUAUUCUCAGUGCUUUGUGUGUGAUUGGUACAAUAAAGAGGUAAGUCAUUUAUGACAUCUUAAGUAAUUUCCAGUGUGCUUAAUUUUUAUAGUAUUUUUAAGUGAUGUACCCAACUUUGGUUUUGUAUGAAUAAAAGUUAUGUGGCAAGGGUCAAUUUGGCCCUUGCUUUGGAUGUGAUGA